AUGAGCUUCACUGGCAACAACGGUUUCGGCCAACAGUGCGGUGCUCCGGCCCACGGAUUCCAGAAUGCACAGUUUAACCACAAUGGUACUGGCAUGGGACCGAAUGGACACGGGCCCGCUAAAAACAAGGGCGGUCGUAAGAAGGGCAACAACCGACGUGGCAAGCAGCACCCUGCUGUUCGUAACAACAACAGCAACCAGGGGCAGCAAGGCCGUCGGACCCAGAGAAGCCAGAACUUGAAACAAGGCCAGAACUUGAAACAAGGCCAGAACCAGCAACAGGCUGGCAACUGGACCGGCAACCAGUUCCAGGCUUACGACCAGCCCCAGAACCAGAACCAGAACCAGAACCCGAAUGGGUCGAGACGGACUGCCAAUGCCCCCGCUCGCCGCGGCCGCAAGAACAACCGGAGGUUCAGUCCGAUCCCUGUCAAUAACCAGGGCUUUCCCACUAGUCCCCGUGGCAGACGUGCCAAUACCAGUCCCUGGGAUGGGGAUAUUAUGAUGCGUGAUGUACCACACAUCAAGAAGCCUGGACGUCGCUCCGUUAAGGACGUUAUUAUGGUUGAUGCUCCCUCGGUCGUCAUGCAGCAGCCAAUCUGGCAGGAAGAUGAAGACAUGGCAAUGCAGGAUGCACCAGCACCCCCUGAGGAACAACCAGACUACCAGUACCAGUUUGACCUGGAAAGACACUUCCAACUUGGCUUUGAGCAACUUGCUCUGGAAAGACAACAAGGAAGGGAGCUCCUCGCUCAUGGGGUCUUGGAAAUGCAGAGACUUGCUGCAUCCAUGCUUCAUCACGCCCUCCAGGGCAACAACUGUGCCGAGGUGAUCACUCCAGACGCCAUCAUGACAGCUCAUAUGGCGGGUCUCUCUCUGGCGUAA